GAUAAAAGGGUUUCAGUUUCUUGUUAUUAUAUUCCAUCAUUUAAUUUACAGUUUUCUUUUUUCCUUUUCCCUGUUCUACUCAAUGACAAAAUUAUUAUAUACAGCCCCACGUUGUUGUGCAUAGCCUUUUAAAUACCAGUUUUAUUUGGUUUAAUUUCCCCUUCUCAUCUGCCAUUAGAAAGAUCAGAUGAGGCAUUUUGGUUUAUCUCUGUUUUUGGCCCUUCUUCUUCUUGUUCACCAAAAUUGCUUCGUGUAUCCAGCGACAGCAAGCGAUGGGUUCAUAAGAACCAAAGGGAUCCAUUUCUUGUUGAACGGAUACCCUUUCUAUGCAAAUGGGUUCAAUGCCUAUUGGCUGAUGUACAUGGCUUCUGACCCUUCCCAGAGAUCAAAAGUUUCUGAAGCCUUUAGAGAUGCCUCUAGCCAUGGCCUCACUGUGGCAAGAACUUGGGCUUUCAGUGAUGGUGGAUACAAUCCUCUUCAGUAUGCUCCUGGCUCUUACAAUGAACAUAUGUUCAAGGGGUUGGAUUUUGUGAUAGCUGAGGCUAAAAAGUAUGGGAUUAGGGUGAUAUUAAGCCUGGCAAAUAAUUAUGACAGUUUUGGUGGAAAGAAGCAGUAUGUGAACUGGGCUAGAGCUCAGGGGCAGUACCUUACAUCAGAAGAUGAUUUCUUUACAAACUCUGUUGUUAAGACUUACUACAAAAACCAUGUUAAGACUGUUCUGAACAGACUCAACACUUUCAUUGGAGUUGAGUACAAGAAUGACCCAACAAUCAUGGCUUGGGAGCUGAUGAAUGAGCCUAGGUGCACCUCAGAUCCAUCUGGGAAGACCAUUCAGUCAUGGAUAACAGAAAUGGCUGAUUACGUGAAGUCCAUAGAUACAAACCAUCUGGUAGAAGCUGGUUUAGAAGGAUUUUACGGCCAAACAUCUCCACAGAGGACCAAACUCAACACAAACGUCAACAUAGGAACAGACUUCAUUGCCAACAAUGCUGUCCCCGCAAUCGAUUUUGCCACCACUCACGUCUACCCUGAUCAGUGGUUAACUAGCUCCAACGACCAAACCCAACUCUCAUUCCUCAGCGACUGGCUCAACGCCCACAUCCAAGAUUCUCAGGACAUUCUCAACAAGCCUUUGCUCAUCUCGGAGUUCGGCAAAUCCCAGGACGACCCGGGCUUCACCGCCGACAAGAGGGAUCUUCUGUACAAGACCGUGUACUACAACAUAUAUUCGUCGGCCAGGCGCGGCGGCGCGGCCGCCGGGGGUCUCUUCUGGCAGCUCUUAGCCGAAGGGAUGGAUAAUUUCGGCGACGGGUACGAGAUAAUCUUGAGCCGGAGAACAUCCACUGCGAAUCUCAUUGCCCAGCAGUCGCACAAGCUUUAUCAGAUUCGGAGAAUCUUCGCGACGAUGACGGGCAUUGAGAGCGUGAAGAGAGCAGGGGCUGUCAGUAGGGGCAGGGGAAGAAGACAAAUUGGAAACUGAAGAUUGGAUCAUUCAAGUGUGUCUGGUCGGGGCGUGGAGCGAGAAAAUUUGGCCUUUUGUGAGUGAGUGUAUGCACUAAAUUUUAGUCGUGCGAUUUUUCUUAGAGGUGAAUAUUGUUCACCCGGGGAGUAAUAUUAAUAUUUAAUUAUUUAUUUAUUAUGCAUUCUAAUAUUAAUUAUUAUAUUAUAUGGAAUAGUGUUUAUUA